UCUCUUCUAUUCUGGUCAGCAGAGAGCUGAGAGAACUUCAUCCACACCUUCACUGAAAAUUAUUUAAAUAUCAAGUAGGAACUAUGAAUUCCAAAAUUGCAAAGACCUGCCAAAGCCUGACCACAGCUGAGGAGAUGAGAAACCAAACCAAGCUUGUGAUGCAGCCUUAUGCCAACUGGGAGGAGUACCUGACUCCUGCACCGCUCUCCAUAGCCAUCCUGGGAGAGCUGGUCUUCAUCUCUUCCAAAACUGAUUUCUCCAUCAACAAAAACCCACCAAAGAACGGCUACAAGUACAUCAAAUACCCAGAUUCAUUUCGUGCCUGUCUCAUGCAAGUGUGUAACUCUGGCUGGUGGGCUUUCAAUGAGGCCCACAAGAACAUGGACCAGAUUCGGCUCCACACCAUGGCUGUUCCAGACUAUAUGAAGACUGCAGUGAAGAUUCUGUUCCAAGGUAAUGAUGAAGUUGUACAAGCACACCUUCCUGACCAGCUGGAGAACAUUCGUGUUAUUGCAGAUGACUGUCUUGAACUGGCCAAAUCAACAGAAAAUCACUUCAUUGAUGUCAUCAAUAUUAUCCAAGAGCUGCUGGAAGCCUGUAUAAAUGCUGAGCACUUUUACGGAGAGGAGCUGGAGGCAAUCAAGAAGAAACUGGAGGAGAAUAAAAUUAGGAAACAGUCAUCAGAAGAAGCUGCUAAACGGUAUGAGAAGGCAGUUAAAAUCAUGGAAGAGGAGCUGAAGGAAGCACAUGACACCUACAAAAAAGCAAUGGAUUCCCUCCCUGGUGGAUGGAACAUGAUAGCUAUGGAUUUUGUUGGAGCUUUGAGUGAGAGUGUCACAUCUGUAGUCACUGGCCUGACAGCUGUAGUGGCUCAGCCAGUGUUUCAAAUAAUGAAUGCUUCAAAAUUAAUUACAGAGACACUGAAAGCUGCAAAACAUAAAACCUCUUCUGCAGAUGGAGUUGAUAAAAUGAACAUCUACAGCAAGUCUGCAGAAAUUCUGGCAUGGACAGUGCAUAUUCAACAGUAUGUGCACAACAACAACAUUGACUGGAAGGAUCUGUAUGAUCAGAAGAACAAAUCUACAAAAACAGACUUUGUAAAAAUGCAGUUCAAAAGAAUCAACAGCAGCUUAAAAAAAUUCCCAGACUGCAAAGCAAAGCAGCAUGCCCAAGAGCUAUGUGAAGAGGCAAUUAACAUCUGUGAAGUACUGGCAAAACAUGCACCAGAAGGGAAAUGUGAAGAUGAUGAAACAGAGGUGUUGAUCAAGAGAAUCAGAAAACUGACAGAUUCAGCCCGCAGUUUUGACUGCAAAAGCAAAGAUGUCACAAAAAGUCCUUCCCUGAUUCCAAAACCACCCAUGUUGUCUAAGGAAGAAAGUCAAUUUGAAGGCAUGAGUGCUUCUAAAAGGGAAACAGAGAAUGCCAGGUUCCGCAUAGAGCAGAGCCGAGCUCAACUGGACAAGACCAGAGAGAUCUAUGAGAAGAGUGUGGAGAACAUGGAGAAAAACCAAAAGGAACUGACUGAAAUCCUGAUCACCAUGAGGAACUGUGAAGUCAAAGAGAUCGACUUUAACACCACCAUACAAAUGCUGGUCAAAGGGAUGGAUGCCAUGGGGAGAGUGAAGGAGCAGUGGGAGAAGAUGGUGCGCUUCUUUCAGAUGGUGUCCAACAUUGUGAAAGUCAGCCUGACCAAAACUCUCAAAGAUUUUGCCUCCACAUCUGAGAAGACUCAGUCACUUUCCUACAACUCAAAGCUCUUCUCUAAAGACCUGCUGUACAAUCAAGCAUUUCAGGCCACUAACAUUGCCAGCCUCGUCCACAUGAUCUCAGCAACCUACACUGAAGUGUCUGACAAGUAUCUCAUGGAUCGUGUCAGCUCACUGGGGAAACUUAUGGCCAUGGACAAGGAAAAAACAGAGUUUGAAAAGGAGCGUCUGCAGUUGCAGAACUCCUGUGACAAGGCUCAGAAAGGUAUUUUACGCCUUGUUCUCAAGAACAAGGCUGAGUUUGAAAAGAAGAGUGACUCAAGAAUUAAGAAGAUUGACAAAGAGUUGCUGGCCAUUCUUCCCUCUGCUGCCCCAGAAGAGAUGAAGAGCAUUCAAGCCGCCGUCAAAAGCGGAUUCACAAAGGAAGAGGAAGCAGAUUACUACUGAGUGUAUUUGUAAAAGUCUUCCUCAUUUAGUGGCAAAAUUAAAUGAGAAUAAUAAUGACAAGAUUGCCUUGAUUUUCCCCACAUUAAUGUUGCUUAACAGAUAAUUGAUAAUGUAUAUAAUGCAUGUAAUGGAUAAUAUCUGAAAGAUAACUAACCUGUAGUCUCUAGGCUUCUCAUAUUAUUGAUUCUUUACUUUAUAAUGCAUUGUGUGUGUUAUAUGAAUACACCACUGUUAGCUUUGUGUAGUGUGACAGACAUAUAGAAUUGCUUCAUUAUUAAAAUUAUUGAUAUCCUUGCAUAUUUACUUUUUUGCUUAGUCAUAGUCAUUUAAAUCAGUUUGCAUUUUGUAAUGAUUAAUAAACUCUUGUUUAUGAUCAAAUGAGACUUACUGUCCUCAUUCCAGUAUUAAAACUUUGAGAAUGUAUUCUCAUAUGUAUCUCUGCCCAAAAAAAAAACAAUAAUGAAU